AUGGACUUGGAUGACCCACGCUUUGCGAUGUUUGUCUCUCAGCUUGAGUCGACUGGGUGGAAGCGGGGGAAAGGUCUUGGCAAGAACGAAGACGGUGAGACGUCGACCACGUUAAAAACAAUUUCGGACACACGAGGAAUUGGUUGGAAACAGAACUUAGAUUACUUAAAAUUGGACGACGUAUAUGCAGGCAAAUCAGAGAGUGCAAAUGACGUCAAAUUUGUAUCAUCUAAAAAGGACUUUGACAAAUUCGCGACAAAGAAAACUGACGUUGAGAAGAAACCGCGUAAAAUAGAAAAUGCGUUUCAUAAAAAAUUAGAUUCAAUUGAAGCCAUCAACGUUUCUUUGACAUUUGGAAGAGGUAAACGAUCAAGAGGAAAGUUGUUAAGAGUACAAGAACAAGAAAAGCAGAUGAAAGAGGAGUGA